AUGACAGAAUCAGACGAGCUUCGUCUUGUACACGGAUGGCGUUCUUCGAGAUAUUUGAUCAUCGGGACGGCUUGUCUGACCUUGUUCACGGAAACCCUUCUCUACGGCUUCUUGGUCCCCAUUCUACCUUAUAUGCUAGAAACUCGCUUGAACCAAGACCCAGAUUUAACCCAGCGCACCACCUCUGGUCUGCUCAGUGUUCAUGGAUUUGCAACCCUUAUUCUCACGCCGCUUGUCGCCAUUGCCGCUGAUAAGACACCAAGUCGCAAAACUCCUCUUAUCAUUGCUCUUAUUGUCUGCUUGGGAGGAACUAUCCUAGUUGCACUGACUCCUAAUUUAUGGUCUAUCUAUGUCGGGCGAAUUCUUCAAGGUGUUUCGGGCUCUGCAGCCUGGAUUAUUUGUCUGGCGAUGUUGACAGACUCCGCCAAAGAGGGACAAGUGGGAAGAAUGAUGGGAAUUAGCAUGUCAGUCGUCCUAUCAGGGACAGUCGGAGGACCAAGCGUUGCAGGAGGACUGUUGCAAUGGGCGGGAUAUUGGCCAGCCUGGUCAGUACCUAUUGGACUUAUUCUAAUUAACAUCGUCGCGCGGAUUGUCACCAAGGAUCUACCAAAGCCAUCCGCCAUAUCGACCCCUCCUUCUCGAAGUGGAAUAUCGACAGAUGGGCAGGAUCUGUCAGGAGAAAGAGACGUUGAAACUGCAGAAACAUCACCCCUCCUAUCGCAAUCAGCCAACGCUCACGACGCACCAUGCGAAGAUAAAGAUGACCCUCAAAACGCCGAAGUAUCUUUUUACUAUGAGAUGCUCGGAGACUGUCGCAUCCUAUCCAGCAUCUCAACCACGAUACUGUUCUCCAUCCUCAUCGCAGGGUUUAACACCACCUUGCCCGUGCAUCUUCGAACUAUCUUCAAUUGGGGGCCUUCUGAUGUGGGAAUAAUGUUCCUUCUUCUACGAGUUCCUGCCAUUAUACUUGGCCCUCUUAUGGGCUGGGCCCGCGAUCACAUUGGACUCCGAUAUCCUACCACAAUAGGCUGGGCUCUCUUAGCGCCUUUGAUGCUCUGUCUGGCAAUUCCCACUGGUCCAGAAAACCAUGGGAAGGCAUUCUACAUUACGUGCCUCACUUGCACUGGAUUUGUCACGACUCUGGUCCAGGGAGCGGGCGUGUUGCACACGAUCACGAUUUUGAAGGAUAUCGAAUCGAGACGACCUUAUAUAUUCGGGCCAAAUGGCGGUAUGUCGAGAGUCUUUGCCAUCAACGAGGUAGCUUUCAAUGCCGGACUUAUGCUGGGUCCUUUAUUGUCUGGCAUGCUUUCUGAAGCUGUUGGUUAUUUCAGUAUGAGCCUAACUUUGGCUUCGAUUUGCUUGGCAAAUGCUGUUUUCGUUUGGAGCUUCUUCGAAAGAGGGAUUGCUCAAAGCAAGAACUUGAAGUAA